GGGCAGGGCAGUAGGGCGGAGAAUAACCUUGCUCAAUGGUCAUGAUAGACAUCGUUUACUACCUGUCUCACAUUAGGUGAAUUGUGUGAAAAACACUUGUCGUAGUAGAUUGAUCAGGAUGAAGAUUGAUAUUCAUAAUCACAUUUUACCCAAGGAAUGGCCCAAUCUGAAAGAGAGAUAUGGAUAUGAUGGAUUUAUCCAGCUUCACCAUCACUGCAAGGGGGAAGCAAAAAUGAUGAAAGACGGGAAGUUGUUCCGUGUGAUCCAGGAAAACUGUUGGGAUGCAGACGCAAGGAUUCGGGACAUGGAUGCACACGGGGUGACGGUCCAAGCCUUGUCCACAGUGCCUGUCAUGUUUAACUACUGGGCAAAACCUCAUGACACCCUGGACCUGUGUGGGAUCCUGAAUGACGACCUGGCUAAGACAGUGGCGCUCCACCCCCGACGCUUCGUGGGGUUGGGUACCCUGCCCAUGCAGGCUCCUGACCUGGCUGUGCUGGAGAUGAAGCGUUGUGUUAGGCAGCUGGGCUUCCCUGGUGUCCAGAUCGGCUCCCACAUUAACACCUGGGAUCUUAACGCCCCCGAACUCUACCCAAUCUAUGCUGCUGCUGAGGAACUGAGCUGUUCCUUGUUUGUACACCCAUGGGACAUGCAGAUCGAUGGGAGGAUGGCCAAGUACUGGCUCCCCUGGUUAGUGGGUAUGCCAUCCGAGACUACCAUGGCCAUUUGCUCAAUGAUCUUCGGAGGUGUCUUUGAGAGAUUUCCCAAGUUGAAGGUCUGCUUUGCUCAUGGAGGGGGUUCUUUCCCGUUCACUAUUGGCCGAAUUGAACAUGGGUUCCAGGUCCGACCUGACCUCUGUGCUGUGGAUAACAAAGUCAACCCACGGAAAUACCUGGGCUCCUUCUACACUGACUCCUUAGUGCAUGACCCCAUCGCCCUCAAGCUACUUAUUGAUGUGAUUGGAAAGGAUAAGGUGAUGUUAGGAACAGACUAUCCAUUCCCACUGGGUGAGCUGCAGCCAGGAACAUUAAUAGAGUCCAUAAAGGAGUUUAAUGGUGGUUUAAAGGACAAACUGCUUGCAGGCAAUGCACUGGACUUUUUGGGGAUUAAAAGAGAACAAUUUCAGUGAUUUACAGCAUGAAGAUAUUGUCAAAAAAAAAUGGAAAACGAUGUUUGACUUUCAAAUUACUCUUGAGUAUUGGCAGGUCCAUAAAACAAAUACAACCUAUUGCAUGACCAAAAUGUAAAUAUUUAAUUAUGAAGAUAUUUUUAAUCUAUUUAGCUAAUUUAUCGUGAUUUUUGUUUACAGUGUUGGAAGUCAUCUGUGGUCAACCCUCUUUUUGCUGUUUAUGACUAAAUAAAAUUGAAUGUUCAUUUCAAA